UAAUUUUAUUUAACUUUCAGAAAUUGUGAAAUUAAGCUGCUAAGAUGGCUGAGUAUGAGGUUCAAAAAUUUGUCAGCUCUAAGGUUAUAAACAAGGAACGUGAGAUGAUGAGAGAAGCAAGAGAACGAGUGUUGCUGAAAGCAGAAAGAAAGGCUGAAAUGAAACUGUCAAAAGAAGAAUUGGCCAGAGCUAGAGGAGAUGAUAAGUGGAUGCUACCAGACUUAGACGAGAAGUUGAAAAAAAAGAAAAAGAAAAAGCAUAAGAAAAGAAAAGGAUCAGAUGCGGAGGACGAUUGGGUUGAGAGUACGAAUAAUAAACCCAUUACCGAGAAAGAUGAACCUGAGAAAAAGCGAGAUGACUGGAUGGAGAUGGGGAUGAUCUCAACCUACACAAGGAGGGAUGGAUUGUCUAAAAGUGAGAAAAGAGAAAAGGAAAAGCGUGAAAAGGAGGCAGCAAAUGCACCAGGUUCCAGUAGUAGAGAAUUAAAUCCUUACUUUGCGAAGGGGGGUUCGGGUCUUCCCAACACAAGCAUGAAACCUUCUCAAACUAUAUCCACCGGGGAUGGGGGUGUAACUUGGCUACUAAAAGCUUACAAAAGAGCGGAGGAACAGUCUAAAGAAGAGAAUAUUUCGCUUGAAGAAGUUGCAUCUAAAAGAUGGGGAUCUUUAGCCAGGUUUCACGAGAUGCUUGCUAAAGCAAAAGAAAAGGCUGCAAAUAUUAAAACCGCUAAUUAUGAAAUCAGGAGUAAAGAGAAACGAAGGGAACGGAGCCGUAGUAGAGAGAAACAAAGGGAACGGAGCCGGAGUAGAGAGAAACAAAGGGAACGGAGCCGGAGUAGAGAGAAACAAAGGGAACGGAGCCGGAGUAGAGAGAAAAAAAGGGAACGGAGCCGGAGUAGAGAGAAACGAAAGAAUCGGAGCCGGAGUAGAGAGGAACGAAAGGAUCGAAGCCGGAGUAGAGAGAACCGAAAAGGUCGUAGCAGGAGUAGAGAGAAAAGAACUGAUCAAAGUAGAAUUGGCGAGAAACGGAAGGAUCGUAGUAAAAGUAAAAGUCCAACUUUUAAGUUUUCAAAACCUGUUGAAAAUUUCAAAAAACAAUCUACGACAGGAAACAGUACUAGAUACUCAUCAAGUGUGGGCUGGAAAACAGAGAAAAGAAAAGAAGAAGAAAGAUCAAGGUUUAACGCUGAGAAAAGGAAGAAAAGGGUGGAAAAAGAAGAGGAAUCGUCAAAUUCGGACACAGACUCAGAGAAGAUUCCGCAAAACCUGGAAGAGACCGAAAAUAUUUCUAAGAUAAUGACGGAAGCGGAGAUGAAUUCUCUGGCAGCUAAAAUUGUCAAAGCAGAAAUUAUGGGAAACGAAUCUCUUACAAGUGAGUUGAAAACUAAGCUAGACUCUGCUCGAGAGGCAAGGUUGAAUUUUAUUGCAUCGGGUGGUGACCCUGACCAACAUGAUAAACCUGAAAAGGUUACGAAGAUACAGUAUCAUGAUACAAAAGUAAAACAGAAGAAGACUAAAGUUGAGACGCACAAAGAUGGACAGAGGAUUCGAUAUUUUGGUGAUGACGAUCGCUAUGACCUUCAACAAAUGUAUGAAAGGGAAAAAAUGAACACUGCAGAAGAUCAGAAUAGCAUGCUUAGCGGAAUAGCAGGUAAAGCAUUGGAGAAAACAAACGAAGAAUAUGAUAUGGAUGACAUGCUGGUCACAACGGCAGCUCGAAAGAAAAAUGAGGAUCAGGAGGAAGCUAAGAAGCAGAAUCGUGCAGCUGCACAGCACUUGGAGAUGGAAAAAACGCUUGAGGAUUGUAAAUGGUGUAUAGGCUCAAAGCGGUCUAACAAACAUUUGAUGGUUUCUAUGGGAAAGUCAGUUUAUUUGUCUGUACCUGGACAUACCAGCAUGGCAACAGGACACUGUUUGAUUGUACCGAUGGGCCACGUAGCAGCAGGAACUCACCUAGACGAGGACGUUUGGGAGGAAAUUCAGGAUUACAGGAAGGCUUUGGUGAAAAUGUUUCUCUCUCGGGAUGAGGAUUGUGUCUUCAUAGAGACUGCAAUGGGAUUCAAGAAGCACCCUCACAUGGUUAUAGAAUGUAUUCCAAUAUCUGACGAUUUGGGCUCCAUGGCACCCAUGUAUUUCCAAAAGGCAAUCCAGGAGUGUGAAAACGAAUGGUCGGACAACAAAAAGUUGAUUAAAUUAAAGGAUAAUCGAAUAUUUCGAAAUGUUCCUAAAGGUUUGCCUUACUUCCAUGUCGACUUUGGCAUGGACUCGGGGUUUGCUCAUAUAAUUGAGGAGGAGGCUGAAUUUUCUCGAAGAUUUGGACACGAGAUUCUUGGAGGAAUGAUGGAUAUUGAUGCCCGAACUUUUCGCAAUCCUACAUGGGAAGGAUUUGAUAUUCAGAAGAGGAAAGUUAUUGAGUUCAGUACAAUGUGGAAAGAGUUUGAUUGGACAAGGAAAUUGGGCGAAAUGAGGGAUUCUAGCAGUGAUUCAGAUUAAUCAAAAAUAUAUUUUUAGA